AUGUUAUUUUGUCUGUCUCUUGGUCCAUUUCCACCUCAACCGGAUUACUUUGAGGAUGUGAUUUCAAUUGGAUCAUUUCAUGAUUUUGAGAAAGGGAUUGUUGUAUGCACGUCUGCUGGGAACAGUUUUUUGCCAAGCACAGCGACCAAUGUUGCCCCGUGGAUCCUUACUGUCAGUGCUAGCACGAUUGAUCGUGAAUUUCCGUCAUACGUGCUACUUGGAAAUGAUCUUGGAGAUGAGUUUGAGAAAUAUUUCCAAGCAUACUAUGACCAGACUGAAGUUGGAGAUCAUUUUAACCUUUUUGAUUUUACUUUCUCUAAAUCCUCUAAUCCAGUUCAUGGACUUGGAAUAUGCAGUCGAUGGGAAUUGGCAAUUGCUCCUGGGGUUUCACCAUUUCCCAGAUAUCAAUAUGCAACGGGUUGUUCCUAUCAAAUACUAGUUUAUGAUGAUGCUUGGUUGAGGUAUGGCUACCCUGCUGUGAAUGCCUCUUACUAUGACUUGACCUUCCAUCCAAAUAGCUCCAAUAAAGACUACAUACUUUACAAGAAUCGACAACACAUCAAGUGCUACAACUGUGAUUCUCGCAAGCACAAUUUGUGUCGGUUGUAUUUUGGUGAACAUAAUAUUGAAGGAGUGCUUAAGACAUAUCAUCAUGAGCUAUUGGAAGCAUAUGAGUGUUGCAUGGAAUAUAAGAGAACCGGAAAAGACGCUGAGCUUACUGAGGAUUUCCGUGUUGUUAUUUAUCAAGAGUUGGGAUUGAUAUUGAAGCUAAGAGACAUGAUGAUUUGUUGGAUAUAUGAAGGGUUUUAG